GUUGGAUACUUGUAACACCUAGCAGUAAACAGCACAACGGUGUGCUACAUGGGACUGAGAAGAUAAAAAGUGAUUGAUUUGGACCAGUAACAUGACAAGAUCUACAGCAACAAGAAACUCGCCGGCAUCAUCGGUAUAAGCAAGGUUUUUAAGUUCGUCAUCGCUUGAAAGUUGAAAGUAAGAUUGCGUGUCCGAAACAAUUGAGAAUUUAUUGUUCAAUUCGGCGAGGAUUUUUUAUAUGGCUGGAAGUCGUUCUGCUUCAUAGAAUUUCAGCAAAGGUGAGGGGAGAUGCCUUUUGCAACCAGGGCCGAUUUUCACUCUAGAUUAAACUGUGCGAAUCAAGUCGCUUGAACGGAAACAUGGUCACGAACCUGCUACAUCUUGUAUGCCUGAAUCCAAGCCCUGCCCGUCAGUUGGGGAACUAGGUUAUGCGCGCGGAAUCUGGCAUUGUGCAGGGUGAACAAUACAACUCCGAGAAAGGCCUUAAAAGAAAAGAAAAACUUCGCGCCACUGCAACAAAUUCCUCAUCUACAUCUGAAAGGACACUUCCCCCAGCGAAGCAAAUGCAAAAAUCAACCGCCAGUCCCUCAGCCGUCGUGCAAUCAUCAGACUAUGACUGCGUUACCAGUCAACGCAACAACAGCAUAAAACAAACGACCGCCCAAACCCACACGCUGAAUUGCGGUAGGUACAGGUGUCCAGUCGUUUUCGUUUAUGCCGUUGGCACCGACUGGCCCACGGUCAGUCGCCUCUUGAAUGAUCACUCGUUGUCCGUUCCAGAGAGCUUGGGUACCAAUCACGGCAAUCGCGACGAUGAAGUCAUCGCGGGCGGUAGCAAACGGAGAAAAAAGGAGGACCAGAGAAAACAGGAGCUUGAGAACGACGAGUACACCGAAGAUGUACAACCCACAUCCGUCAGGUGCCGCGGAUGUCAGAAGGCCAUCAGCCUUGACAAGCGCUCCAGGUACUAUCCUGGACUGUGGGUCAAGCACAGGGGCAAGUGCCCGGGCAUCCUCAAGCUAGAGGUGAGCUAAUC